UUGGCCCGCCGGGUUUAGGCUCCAGUCCUUGGCUCGCUCUUCCUCGCUCACACCGCAGACAUCCUGCCCGCUGCUCUGGUGGACGGUUGGACGCUGCUGUCGCAGACUUCAGCUUCUGGGCGAACAGAAAGGCUCUGUGUGGAGGCGCUGCUGCACUCGUGUGGAGACCGCAGAGAUGUUUGAGACCAGCCAAGAUGACUUGCUGCUGUUUCCCUCAGAUGGUGGGUAUGAGGUCUGUUUCCCAGGGGAGAGCUUGGCUAAUAGGGGUCAGUCAUUAGCUGAGGCUCUGCUUCCGUUGGUUGGGUCCCCAUCCCCCCCACUGAACCCAUUGCUCUGCUCCACCCGCUACAAGACCGAGCUGUGCAGUCGCUACGCUGAAACGGGUACAUGCAAAUAUGCAGAACGCUGCCAGUUUGCUCAUGGUCUACAUGACCUCCAUGUGCCCUCCCACCACCCCAAGUACAAGACGGAGCUGUGCCGCACUUUCCACACGGCGGGCUACUGCAUGUAUGGCACUCGUUGCCUCUUUGUGCACAGCCUGAAGGAGCAGAGGCCUGUUCGCCACAGGCGUAGGAGCGUACCAUGCCGUACAUACCGCGCCUUUGGGGUCUGCCCCUUCGGAACCCGCUGCCACUUCUUGCAUGUUGAGGGUGGCUCAGAGUCAAGCGAUGGCGCAGAAGAGAAGACCUGGCAGCCACCUUCACGUUCCAGUGAAUGGAAGCCUCGUGGUGCUCUCUGCCGUACCUUCAGCUCCUUUGGCUUUUGUCUGUAUGGCACUCGCUGUCGCUUCCAGCAUGGGCUGCCUAACAAUGUCAAGGGCCUUGACUUGAAUCAGACCCCUUGGUCACCCCAGAUGCCUGGAAGGGCCCUGUCCCCAGCAUCAGACAUGUGUUCUUCCUCCCCACCCUCAUCCUCCACCUCCUCAUCACCUCCGUCUAUGCUGGCCUCCCCUGUGUUCCGUGAUUAUUCUGGUCCCAUCACGCCACCAUCUGGAGAAGCAAUUGCCCACAAUGCAUUCACCUUCAGCAGCCAGCACCUCAAUGACCUGCUGCUGCCACUAGCCAUCAGACUCCAGCAGCUUGAACAGGCUUCUAAUCUGAACCCACAGGAUGUGCUUGAACAAGCACUGUUGUCUUAAUGCUUCUAGUAGUCCUUUUAUUUUAUUUAAAUGGCCUUAAUUGUAAGGUGGCAGGGUGGAUUUAAAUGGUUAUUCUUCUGCUUGUUGGGUCUGAUCUUUUGUAGAUAGUUAAUUUGACAGACUAAACUGCUGUAAAUUGACAUUUUAAUCUGUUGUACAUACUAUGGAGCAUUUUGCACGCUAUGAAUGUGUAUUUAUGAUUUUAACUUAUGUUUACUACCUAAAUUAUUGUGUGAGGAUGGGAGCACUUUUUUUGCAUCCUUCAUCUUAAUAAAAUCACUAACUCCA